AGUCGUCACAAAGGGGUGGCCGAGCGGAGCAACAGAACAAAGCAAACCAGUGCUCCUACCAACCACGACCGAACCGACAGAAGAGUAGGAGGGGCGUCAACAGAGAAACUGCGAGGAAGCAUGGCGGCCGGCGGCGGCGUGGUGAAACACAUCCUGCUGGUGCGCUUCAAGGAGGAGGUGACGCCGGAGCGCCUGGACCAGCUCAUCCGGGGCUACGCGGCGCUCGUCGACGCCGUCCCCUCCAUGAAGGCCUUCCACUGGGGAACUGAUGUGAGCAUCGAAAACAUGCAUCAAGGGUUCACCCAUGUGUUUGAGUCCACAUUUGAAAGCGCAGAAGGAGUGAAGGAGUACAUCGAGCACCCAGCGCAUGUUGAAUUCGCAAAUGUAUUCUUGCCUCUAUUAGAAAAGGUCGUCAUAAUCGACUACAAACCGACUUCUGUCAAUUGAAUACGAAGAACCUGGGGCACUUUUCCUCAGUUCUCACUGCCAAUAAUUGUUCCUACUGUUUGUUGGAGAAUUUCAUUUUCAGUUAUAUUAUGUAAGCUUUGGGCUGAAUAAAUUCUGAUGCUAGGUUUCCUUUUUGAGUUCUCUGUAACUGCAGUUCAAGUAACUCUGCACCUUUUUUGUUGCUAUCAGAAUUGUGUUCCCAAAGUCUGC